GUCAGUCACUUCCCAUUUCUUACAAGAGCUCCAAGAGAAGGAACUGGUUGCAAAGUCCGAGGAUAUUUCUGAGUAAGAUGAAAGUUCUCCUUCUCAUCACAGCCAUCUUGGCAGUAACUGCUGGUUUCCCGGUCUCUGAAGACCAGGAAAGAGAAGAACGAAGUGCCAGUGGGAGCAAUGAAUCACCUUCACCAUUUUAUGGGCCCCGUUUCCAAUAUCCAUUUGGCCCAUAUCCACCAUUCCUGUAUCCAGGAUAUCCAUGGUUUAGAUUUUUUUACCCUCCUUUUCCAAUACCUCUGUCUGUCCCUACAACUCUUCCUCCUAAUGAACAGUAAACAAGAAAGAAAACUGCCACUACAACUUAAGAAUAGGUGGUCACUGUAAAAUGGAAUGUGAGCCACUUCCUUGAAGAAUCAAUAUUCCUGCUAAUAAGAUAAAAAUAAAUGUAAUUGAAAUAGCAUAAAGUGUUCUCUCACUGCUAUCUUUAGUGGGCUUCUGCAGUAAAUAAAAGAGAAGACCUUGGUUUCCUAUUUUCUAAACGUGCUUUGCUGGUAGGAAUGCAAAAUAAAUUUUA